GGUCUCGUUGCGCCGGGCGGCAUUCGAUUUGCCAGUCCUUCUCUGGCGGAGCGGCAGUGUUUGCAAUUCCUGGCAGAGAAGUAUAAGCUCAAGCCCGAGUUUGUUCACUUCAAGUGCGUCUGGCUGCUUCACAUUGCCGUUGCCAUCACAGGGAUGACUCCUGCGAGGGUUCCCAUCCAUGGUCCGUCUGGUGCCGCUGGGGGUGAGAGUGAUGGUUUCGUGCUGGGUUCGCUGAACCAGCCGUGUUUGCUGAAGCGCUUCGAGAGGGGCGUGUCCAAUGGUCGGAUUACUCCGCUGGGGAAGUUCGCGAGGAAGCGGGGGCAGUUUGCCGCGGGUCUUCACAGCCCCGUGCCUGAUCUGUCGCCGACGACUCUGGCUCAUCGCGUCGCUGCGCUGUUCCCGAAUGGAUCUCUUGCCUCCGAGGAUGCGUUUCGUGUGUGGGUGUUCUACGACUUGGUCUUCCGUUUCUUCGCUGACAUCGCUGGCUUCGAAGCGUUCCUCGAGGUCACAG